UAAACAUCAUAUUGCACAGAUCAAAGUAGAACUCUCCUGUCACCUGCUCACCUCAAGGACCUGCAUUCCACAGAAUCAGUUCCCAGCCAGACGUGUACACCACUGAAGGAAAAUGGACAUACUGAAUAGCCACCACUUUUUGUACUUUCUGCCUACCACGCGCCUUGUCAUCUUAUUAGCAGCUUUGAGCACUGCUGAGGAUGUGAGUAACAGCACUUUCAACCGCACUGACACCCACACAGGGGCUGCGCCUGUGAUCAUCUCCCGCAUUGACCAUAUUAUAGUCAAGGAGGGCAGUAGUGCCUUGAUUGAAUGCAAUGUCCAAGGGAGUCCUAGUCCUCGUUACAGAUGGUACAAUUCCAAUGGCCACCUGCUCCAAGAGGAGGAGAAUAAAGGAAAAUGGUGGUUUCUUGACAAUGGGCUACUAAACAUUACCCGCGUGUCAUUUGAAGACAGAGGUAAAUACACGUGUGUCGCAUCUAAUACGUACGGCAGUGUUAACAAUACUGUGACGCUGAGGGUUGUUUUUACUUCUGGAGAUAUGGGAAUCUAUUACAUGAUUGUCUGCCUUGUAGCUUUUACCAUUGUUAUGAUACUGAACAUUACUCGGUUAUGUAUGAUGAGCAGUCAUCUGAAGAAAACCGAGAAAGCAAUCAAUGAAUUCUUCAGAACAGAAGGGGCAGAGAAACUUCAGAAGGCCUUUGAGAUUGCGAAGCGUAUCCCAAUUAUCACAUCGGCCAAAACGCUCGAGCUUGCCAAAGUGACCCAGUUCAAGACCAUGGAAUUUGCUCGCUAYAUUGAAGAGCUUGCUCGGAGCGUACCUUUGCCACCUCUCAUCAUGAACUGCAGGACUAUAAUGGAAGAAAUUAUGGAGGUUGUCGGUCUGGAGGAGCAAGGACAGAAUUUUGUACGGCAGACAGCAGAAGGCCAGGAAACCACUGAAACAGAUGAGCUUUAUAUGAUCCCAAAUGCUUUGACACGCAGUGAAUCUCCCACAGCUGACUCGGACGCAUCGUCACUGCAUGAGCCACCUCAACAGAUUGCAAUAAAAGUGUCCGUUCACCCAUUGUCCAAAAAGGACUGCAUGGAUGGUCAGUCACAGGAAAGCAUGCAGUUGGACACCAAGGAAGAAGACACUCCUCAAACACCAGCACGUCCUGCAGAGCCCCCUCUUGAGCCUUCUGCUGAACUCAGUUCUGAUGACACAGCAUUGGCAAAUGACAAAAAUACAUGUGUUAUAUAUGAAAGCCAUGUAUGAUAGUUACUCCUGAAUCUAUGCAUAGCAGGAAAAUCAGGUGGAGCUCUUUUAAAAAUACAUAUUGUACUUGCCGCUAAGCCUUACCUGGAGACUAUCAUAGCAAAAGCAUGUAUGUGGAUUAUUUGGCACUUUCUUCUCAGUUUGAGUUUAGUUUACCAUGAUGUAUGGCAGAGUAAUUGCUAUUACAUUAAUAUUAAUUGCUCUUUUUGAUUAGGAGUAUUUCCAAGAAACAUUUACCUCAGCAUUUUCUAGGCUGGAGUCACCUGUAGUGGCCUCCUGGAAGUCACUGGUAGUCUUUGAUGUAGGACACUUGAACUUACUAAAUAUAAAUCUGGUUUCCAUCUUCUUCCUUCACUCUCGUUAUUUCCGGAUGUUGCAUUUUUGCAAAUAUUAAGUUGUGAAUUUGAAAUAUUGCCCAAGAGGCAGCAUUCCAGUAGCCAAAUAAAAUCAUUAUAGAUCCCAUUUACAAAGCCUGUUUGCUCAGCUGCAGUGUGAUUUAGAGGGCUAUUAAAGAAAGUUAAAACGUUUCCAUUUCAUUUGAGACCACACUCAUUAGCCACAUGGGAAAUAGUUUUCCCUUUUUCAUGGAAUGAUGAUGCCAACAAUUGUUUGUUUCGCAUGGAGAAACAAAUUUGAGAGUAUACUACAGAUGGGAAAGGCCGUGAACAACUUACAGAAAGUUGCAGUCCAACAGCUCUGCAGGGGUUUUUGCAAGCAUUUUAGCAUUUUCUACCUUGCCAGAAGUUUAUAUGGCAAACAGCGGCAAAUACRUGAGAUGUCUUGUUUUGAAGUAAUUUGGAAGCAGUAACAAUGUACUACCUUAACAGAAGAUAUGCAGGUUCCAUAACAGUCCUGUAAAUGCCAGUAAUCAGUUGAUGACAAGGCUGAAAUGGCAAAUACCCUUUUAUUUGGCUUGUUAAUUUUGAGCAAAUUGAUAUUCUGAAGAUCAAGCCUAAAUUCAUAUAUAAGCAUCAAUUUGAGAGUAUCGUAUCCAAACUGGAAAAAAAAACAAUCAAGUGUCCUAUGAAAUUAAAAUGACAGUCAUGCAAACUGUUUAAUGUGAUAUGAUUGUGUUGGUAUUUUAAGAACCUCCUACAUGYAGGAUGGUCACUGCUUGAGUACAUGUGACUCUAUCCCAGUAAAGCUUUAAUGACCACAAUGAUUGUGGCGUUAAAAAGGAUCAACAUUUCUGCCAGGAAAUGCCAGGAGUGGAAGGGAAGUGAUAAUUUCUCWUGCAAACAGACAAUAAAAAAGACCUUCUCUGCAGUGAAUCUGGAAAGAAAGUACUUAUGGAGUUUGUAUAGGGUUGAUAGAAUAUUACUUWAUUACCUGACACAUUUAAUUUGGAACUAAUGAACAAACUAUCACCUUAUAGUUUUUAAGAAGGAUUGUAGUAUAACUGGAAUCAAGUGUAUUGCAGAAAAAGAAGUUGCUUAGGUCUAUGGGGAGAUGAUGCGUGGAUGGCUCUCCGGACAUUUCAACAAAAACAGCCACAUCUCCAUAAGGUCUCUCUUGUGGGCAGUCAGUUAUAUUUACUGCAUGGGUAAUCAAGACCAGACAAAGUCAAUGUUGCAGGUACCUAAAAGAACCCUUGAUAAUGAACUGAGGUCUUAUGUCAACUUCCUCAGGUUAAAGUGCAGAGCCUCAGUAGCAGUGUAGGACAGGAAUGCCCUAUGACUUACAGAGGUGUUGCAGAGAAGCCUCCAUAGUUACCUUUCUGUGGUUAUUAAAAAAAUAURUGUGCUUAUUAAUGGACUUCAGAUUUUACAACCAACUUGUGAGCAAUGGCAGCRUUCAAUGGACUUGAGUUGUCUCAUUCUUUUUUGUGCUCACCACAGUGGCAGGUUUCUAUACAAAAUGCAUUUGCACAUGCCCGAAAGGAAAUAUUCAAGGGCAAAGUCCCUUUAGGAAUGUGACUGGAAAUAUUUGAGUUCCAGUGAAGCAAUAUAAAUGUAGAACAGGAGUUAGAUUAAGAGAAUACCAUAAAGAACCUCACUUCUGACCAGUGUGAUUGACAGUAGUAUUGAUGUAAACUAUUAACUUCUAGUCUGAAUCCAAAGGACAUUUCUGUUUAGUGUUCACAUAAAUUUUYCAAGUUACUUGAUUUACUUCUGAUAUGGAAAAGAACAAGGGCAGAAAGAAAAAAAGGAACUUGCACUAAACUCCUUUAAUUCACCUUAACCUCCUGAGAAGAGGCAUGUUGGUUUUACUGCCUGUCUAGCAUUUACAAACAAUGCCCAURCAUUCUUAGGUUACUUACUUGGUGCCCAACUAAGAUUGCAUAGAUAAGCAAAGAUGUUCUCCUUGAAAGCAUAAAAAAACUUUUAAAUUAUACUUUAACUUUUCUUAAAGUUAUAAAAAUAUUUAUUAAACUGCAGUAUUUAAUUAUUUUUUUUAACUAUGAAGUUUUUACAAUUGAGAUCAGACCACUUCAUGUAUUUCUAUMGUGUUUGGUACCAGGCAAUUCUGACCCUGACUGCUUGCCUCAGACUGUCCUCCUUUAUUAAUUAUGUAUUUAAAAACAUUUGAGAGCAAACAAUCCCCAUGGAUUUCUUCCGUAUCGCUGUGUAAACUUCCUUGAAGACACAGAUUAUGUUUUUUUCCCAAAGGCUGCCCACAAAGGGUACAUGUUUGAAGUACACACAAACGCACAUUGCAGACCACAUAUAAACAGCAGGUACUUGGAUUAGAUAUGUGCAAUACAUGUAGUGCUGGAUUCCUGCUGUUGCAAGGUCAAAGGAAACGCUGAAUUUUCUAGAAUUGGAGUCACUCGGAGCUGGGAGUUCACAGGCAGGACUGCUCCAAUCAGUCUGCUAUUAACUCUUUGGACAUUUAGCUUUGUGUUGUUAUCGGAAUAAAAACUGAACAGCAAUGUAGCUGAAGAAAAUAGAGAUUUUAUGCAGAACUGAUGGUUCUAGUUUAUGUGUUUUUUCGUGUUUUUAUGUAUGCUGCUCAGUAUCUUAUGCAUCCAUUAUGUGACACUUCUAAGCCUAAAGCUUUUUAUACACUUUCAGGAACUUCAUUUGUGGAAGACAGAUGGGAAGCAAGACCCAAACCUGUCUUUCUUGUUUCAAACUUUCUGGCUGUGCAAUUAUAAAGUAAAUAAUUGUGUCUUGCAGUAUUUCUUAGCAAAUGGCUACUUUAUGGUCCAAGAACACGAUUAACAAAUAUAAAAUUAACAAUGGCUCUAAGAAAACAUUAACAUUUGCAUUGUUAUGUAUUUUCAUGCACCUUAAGCACUUCAGGGAGAUUAUCCGUUCCCGUCAUUGGACUAUGCACACCUUUCGUUACAUUAUUCUAUUUAUUGUACCACCAGACACUAAUGGUUCUUAAAACACUCAGGAUUUGGAAAAUCCAGUCCAGCUGAAAUUGCAUUCUAAAAGCAAAGGAACACCAAGCUAGGCUUAAUAAGGAAAAGAGAUUUGCACAAUAUAUUUACACCACUUUCAAACAUUCUUUUCAAAACUUCAUGAAAGAUGACUAUAUUUCAGCAGCAGAAGAAAUCAGUGUUUGAUUUGAUUUUAAAACAUUACUUUGUUUUUCAGUAAAUGGAAGACCAUAUUAAUCAGCCCACUUAAACAUAGUAUUCAUUUUCAAUUUACUCAAUAUUUUCUUUUUGAGCAGUAUUUUUUUACUGCUGAUUCUUUUUUUUUCUCCAAUUUGAGCAUGUUUGUGAUGAAACCUACCCUUCAGUCAUUUUUUGAAUCUGUCAUAUAAAAUAUUUAAAGAACCCGUAGAUCAGCAUUUUUGUGCAGGUUUAUUGGUACUUGGUAAGGCACAGAAGUAUGCUCUGUGCUUAAAAACUACUGUAUAAUCAUAAGACUUGCAAAAYGGCAUAUAUGGGCAGAUGUUGAUUUUUUUUUUUUAAAUCAGUGCCUGUUUUAUUCUAAUGUACAUACUAUGUCAUUUCCUUGAUUUGCAGUUACCUUUUGACAAAAGUACUGUAACAUUUAACCAGGGCUUUCUGACUUCCAGUUUGGUCAGAUUAACUAAUUCUAGAAAGUUUUAACAGUGUUGAAUAUUAAAAGUUCUCAUGGGAUAUCUUGGCAGCAUGCUAUUUUAAGAGUUGGCCUCUUAAGUAUGCCAUAUUUAGUGGGAAAACUGAAAGCUUCUUAGAUGCAAAGGAAAUGCUUGCACUAAUGUAUUGUAAGUUAUAUUUCAUUUGUUAUGAAAUCCUUUUUGAUUUUACAAGAAAUGUAAGACAAAUAUGAAUGUGUUCUUUUGAGAAGCAGUUACUGUAUUUUGAUUUAAAUAACUAUUAUGAUUUUAUAGCUCACGGCCGUAAACCACAAAGAGACCAGUUCAUGCUGAAGUGGCAAAUGAAAUGUGAUGUAGCUUGUACAUUGAUCAUUGUUUCAAUAAAGAAUUUGC